AUGGGUCGGAGUGCCUCAGUCCCCAAUGUCGGCUUUUCUCGCAUAACAUUGUCAAAAAAUAGCAGCAUCGUCAUUGGAGUCUGCUGCUUUGUGUUCACUGCAGUGUUCUAUUCCGCCACCCACCUUACGAGUCUCGGAUCAUUCAUGACAGAAUGCUCCCCAGGGGCUGAGUCGACCGGUCAGUAUCAGCAAUAUCUGCUGUGGACGCUACAAGCACCGUCGGAGAAGGAGUCACUGCAAGCUCCGGAAGUUGCACAUCAUGAAAUCCAAAUGGAUGAACACAAAAGCGCGAAGCCGACACAGGGUCCAAUGCCAGUGCCGAAGAUCCCUUCAAAGGCAGCUCGAAUUGCACAUGAUGCGACUAUUCAAUUACAAUAUGCUAUGAACAGCUCAACCAUCUCUAGGAUUGAAGGACCUAAUCUAUUCAGCAUGGCCAAGCAUGUAUCAACCUUCGCUCGCCUGCUUGAAGCGAUCCUUACCGACGUUUCCAUCGAUAGGAGACCCUUCCUUGACUUGCGGGAGAGGUACUUUGGCUGGUGGAAACCCUCUACCACUACGCAUCUUCCAUGGGAGGCCAAAAAUCACACGACUGGCAUAGUGCUAACCGCUGGCCAAGGAAACAUGGUGCUUGCGGCGCAUGCCAUACGAACGCUUCGGAAUGUGGUCAACACCACUCUGCCGAUCCAAGUGGCUUAUGCUGGCGAUGACGACCUACCGGCACACAAGCGCCAAGAAAUGAAAACGCUCGACCCAAAGCUCGAGCUAAUCAACAUCCUCGAUCACUACGACGAAGAUAUUGCGGGACUACGCGUUGGCGGUUACGCGAUGAAGCCUUUCGCUGCGCUCGCAAGUAGCUUUGAAAGAGUCAUCAUCAUUGAUGCAGACACAAUAUUCAUGCAGCGCCCGGACGAGUGGUUCGAGGAGAAUGCGAGUCUGAAACAGACAGGAACCCUGUUCUUCCAUGACCGGGCUUACGGCGGCCGGAGAACAACGGACUGGGUAAAAACCCUCUUGAAAGAGAGUGGACGAAGGCCAAGUGCAACGCUCAACUCGAGCAUGUUUUGGCAGGAAGAGCUGGAGCAUCAACAGGAAUCCGGUGUCGUGUACUUCAACAAGGCCAUCCCGGGUGCCUUCAUGAGCCUGUUAUUCACGACGUACAUGAAUUCGCAGAACGUGCGAGCGCACCUCUACGGGCAUGUUGCUGGUGACAAAGAAACCUUCUGGCUGGCCGCCGAACUCGCGGACAUUCCCUACGCAUUCCACCCGAGCUAUGCCGGCAUCAUAGGCCCCAUCUCCGCCAACGCCGAAGGCCUUCCAGAGAUCUGCAGCCCGCAGCCACUACAAACCGACCUCGAUGGCCGGCCCUUUUGGUUCAACUCUGGCCUCAUGGAAGACAAGAUGAACGCGGAUAACAAGAAGUAUGCCAAUCUAACCCACUACAUACCAGGAGUUACGAACGAGCAGCCAGUGGGUGGGUGGAGGUUUAUACAUGAUCAUACGUUCUGUAUGGGGAGGUAUGUGGAGCAGAUGAGGUCGGUUAAAGACGCAGGGCUGGAAGAGGUGGCGAACGGGUUGAUUGACGAGGCGAGGGCGGUGGAUAAGAUUUUCGAGGCUAAGACAGCGUAA